AUUUUUGCGACUAGCAAUGGCCAGUAUAAUGGAUAUUUUAAAAAUUAAACCUUUUGUGCAAGUCUCUGUUGGACAAUUACUAUGGGGCUAUGAAGACCCUCUUCUUAAAUUGGCUAAAGACGUUGUUCCAAAAGAACAAAAGCUACCAUAUGAAGAAUUUGGGCUAAUGUACGGUAAAAACGGAACAUCCACAGAUCGCAUAACCAUAUUCACAGGUGUAGAUGACAUUACUCAGUACGGUAUAAUCGAUAAAUACAAUGGAAGAUCACAUCUGCCUCAUUGGUUGAAUGAUGACUGCAACAGAUUAAAUGGAACAGAUGGUUCAAUAUUUCCACCACAUAUUGAUAAAAAUCGCAUUCUUUUCGUAUACGAUAAAGAUCUAUGCAGACUUUUGCCACUCGCAUUUGAAAAGGAAGUUCAAGUCAAAGAAAAUGUUAUGGGUUAUAGGUUUACGCCACCAGAAAAUGUGUUCUCUGACGUUGAAAGCAAUCCGGAAAAUAUGUGCUUCUGUCCAGCAGGUCAGCCUUCAUGUUCUCCCAAUGGAUUGUUCAAUGUUUCACUUUGUCAAUACGAUUCACCCAUUAUGCUAAGUUUUCCUCAUUUUUAUUUGGGAGAUGAAAGCUUUCUGAAUGCAGUGGAAGGGAUUACUCCAGCCGAUAAGGAGAAACAUAAAUUUUUCAUUGACGUUCAUCCCGUAAGUUUAUUAAAACACUAUGGCCCGUAGUCAUAGAGAAGUUCGAAAAAGGAUUUUACGAUUCAAAUUGUGUUUUAUAGUAAUCACCAUUUUAACUCUUUCAUAGUCAACGUAAAAUGCAUUUAUGGUAAAAACAGAAUUUUAACUUAAAAAUAAGGAGAACGUGAUUUUAAAAUGGUAAAAUACGAUUCUAAAUUUGUUUUACUUUAGUAAUCGCAGUAGCACCCAGGUUCGGUCCCCAUUCCGAGCGAUUCCAAACAAUGUUUUUUCAUACAAUUUUUUUUUUAUACAAACAUUUUUUUAUCUUAGUGCGAUUCAUAAAACGUCGCAAAGUGGCAUUUUUGGCGAAUUGGCAACGUUGCAAACAAAGUUGUAUGAACGACCUAUCGCUACUCCGGAUUACAAAAGUAAAAUUUUCUAAAAAUGGCGAGCGUAAGUGAAAAAUAAAAGUUUUUACAAUUAUAUUUCGAAGCAGCCUUAACUAAUAUACUUUUUCUUGAAGUAUUUGAGGGCAAUAAAAUAUAAUGU